CGCACUUGUAGCCACGUAGCCACGCCUACUUAAGACAAUUACAAAAGGCGAAGAAGACUGACUCAGGCUUAAGCUGCCAGCCAGAGAGGGAGUCAUUUCAUUGGCGUUUGAGUCAGCAAAGAAGUCAAGAUGGCCAAAGUUCCAGACAUGUUUGAAGACCUGAAGAACUGUUACAGUGAAAAUGAAGAAGACAGUUCCUCCAUUGAUCAUCUGUCUCUGAAUCAGAAAUCCUUCUAUCAUGUAACCUAUGGCCCACUCCAUGAAGGCUGCAUGGAUCAAUCUGUGUCUCUGAGUAUCUCUGAAACCUCUAAAACAUCCAAGCUUACCUUCAAGGAGAGCAUGGUGGUAGUAGCGACCAACGGGAAGGUUCUGAAGAAGAGACGGUUGAGUUUAAGCCAAUCCAUCACUGAUGAUGACCUGGAGGCCAUCGCCAAUGACUCAGAGGAAGAAAUCAUCAAGCCUAGGUCAGCACCUUUUAGCUUCCUGAGCAAUGUGAAAUACAACUUUAUGAGGAUCAUCAAAAACGAAUUCAUCCUGAAUGAUGCCCUCAAUCAAAGUAUAAUUCGAGCCAAUGAUCAGUACCUCACGGCUGCUGCAUUACAUAAUCUGGAUGAAGCAGUGAAAUUUGACAUGGGUGCUUAUAAGUCAUCAAAGGAUGAUGCUAAAAUUACCGUGAUUCUAAGAAUCUCAAAAACUCAAUUGUAUGUGACUGCCCAAGAUGAAGACCAACCAGUGCUGCUGAAGGAGAUGCCUGAGAUACCCAAAACCAUCACAGGUAGUGAGACCAACCUCCUCUUCUUCUGGGAAACUCACGGCACUAAGAACUACUUCACAUCAGUUGCCCAUCCAAACUUGUUUAUUGCCACAAAGCAAGACUACUGGGUGUGCUUGGCAGGGGGGCCACCCUCUAUCACUGACUUUCAGAUACUGGAAAACCAGGCUUAGGUCUGGAGUCUGCUCACUUGUUCAGUGUUGACAGUUCAUAUGUACCAUGUACAUGAAGAAGCUAAAUCCUUUACUGUUAGUCAUUUGCUGAGCAUGUACUGAGCCUUGUAAUUCUAAAUGAAUGUUUACACUCUUUGUAAGAGUGGAACCAACACUAACAUAUAAUGUUGUUAUUUAAAGAACACCCUAUAUUUUGCAUACUACCAAUCAUUUUAAUUAUUAUUCUUCAUAACAAUCUUAGGAGGACCAGAGCUACUGACUAUGGCUACCAAAAAGACUCUACCCAUAUUACAGAUGGGCAAAUUAAGGCAUAAGAAAACUAAGAAAUAUGCACAAUAGCAGUUGAAAUAAGAAGCCACAGACCUAGGAUUUCAUGAUUUCAUUUCAACUGUUUGCCUUCUACUUUUAAGUUGCUGAUGAACUCUUAAUCAAAUAGCAUAAGUUUCUGGGACCUCAGUUUUAUCAUUUUCAAAAUGGAGGGAAUAAUACCUAAGCCUUCCUGCCGCAACAGUUUUUUAUGCUAAUCAGGGAGCUCAUUUUGGUAAAAUACUUCUUGAAGCCGAGCCUCAAGAUGAAGGCAAAGCACGAAAUGUUAUUUUUUAAUUAUUAUUUAUAUAUGUAUUUAUAAAUAUAUUUAAGAUAAUUAUAACAUAUUAUAUUUAUGGGAGCCCCUUCAUCCUCUGAGUGUGACCAGGCAUCCUCCACAAUAGCAGAUAGUGUUUUCUGGGAUGAGUAAGUUUGAUUUCAUUAAUACAGGGCAUUUUGGUCCAAGUUGUGCUUAUCCCAUAGCCAGGAAACUCUGCAUUCUAGUACUUGGGAGACCUGUAAUCAUAUAAUAAAUGUACAUUAAUUACCUUGAGCUGGCAAUUGGUCCGAUCUUUGACUCUUUUGCCAUUAAACUUACCUGGGCAUUCUUGUUUCAUUCAAUUCCACCUGCAAUCAAGUCCUACAAGCUAAAAUUAGAUGAACUCAACUUUGACAACCAUGAGACCACUGUUAUCAAAACUUUCUUUUCUGGAAUGUAAUCAAUGUUUCUUCUAGGUUCUAAAAAUUGUGAUCAGACCAUAAUGUUACAUUAUUAUCAACAAUAGUGAUUGAUAGAGUGUUAUCAGUCAUAACUAAAUAAAGCUUGCAACAAAAUUCUCUGA